UGGUCCUGUGGAGCCUUUAUCGCCCACGGCAUGUUUGUGCAACUCUCUCCGGAGUAUACGUCACUGUCGUCGAAAUUCGACGCUCUGCUGGCCCGAGUAUCGCCGUGGCUGGUCGCCUUCCUCGCGUGGGUCUUCGUGGUCAGACCGCUGGUGCAGUGGAUCAAGAUAUGGGUGGCACUGAGGCCUAUACCGGGCCCGUGGGACGGCAUCCCCUUUUGGUUCUCCGUAAAGGCCUACUGGACCCACCGGAAGAUAAUAGGGCUCAAAGAUGCGACCGCCGGCUUCCUGACUAUUGUGAAUGAGCUGACUCGACAGUACCAGUGGAAAACGUUCAAGGUGUAUCUCGGCCCUAUGCCCGUGGUGUUCGUGCAUACUCCAGAUGCGGCUGAGACCCUACUGACGAGCAAAGAGAACUUCCGGAAACCUUUCGUGUACAGGUUCCUGUCAAGUUGGCUUGGUCCGCACAACCUGGUGACUGCUACUGGCGACAUAUGGCGAUUCAAGCGGCGCUUGUUCACACCGGCGUUCCACUUUCGAGUGCUGGAGAACUACAUGUGCCACUUCAACGAGAACGGCAACGUGCUCAUCAAGAAACUCGAAAAGCACAUCGACGAGAAGCCGAACGAAGCUCUGGCAACCUUCCCGCUCAUGCAGCACCUCACACUGGACAUCAUCGGCCGAGUGUCCAUGGGAACUGUACUUGGCAUGCAGACGGACUCGGGCAACCCCUUCGGGAAAAACCUUAACAGAUUAUCUUUUAUGAUAGUCUUGCGUGGCUUCAGGCCAUGGAUGUGGAUACAGCAAAUGUACGACCUUACGUACGAAGGAAAAGUCUUUAGAGAGACCCUUCUUGACAUGGAGAAGUUUAGCAUGUCGGUGAUGCAACAACGAAAGGAAAAACUUCAGGAGAUGGAGCUCAACAACGAAGGCGAUGGUGAUGGCGCUGAUGAUGAAAAUGAUGACGAUGAUGAUGGAAACAGCAAACCCAUUGGGAAGGAGUCCAUUGUACUCGACUAUCUGCUCAAAAAGCAUCUCGAGGAGAGCAGUUACACCAUCGACGAGGUCAAGAAGGAUAUAGACACCAUUAUAUUCGGAGGAAAUGACACGACCACGUCUGCAAUGAGCUGGGCUUUUUACCUCCUGGGACUUCACCCGGACAAACAGGCCAAGGUGCACGCAGAGCUGGACGAAGUGUUCGGAACCGAUCGUGACCGGGACGUCACCAAGGCUGACGUCAACCAGCUGAAAUAUCUCGAGUGCUGCAUCAAGGAGACUCUUCGCCUUUUCCCUUCGAUACCAUUGAUUGGGCGGCACUUAGAAGAAGACUUAGUUAUUGACGGCUACCGAAUUCCAAAAGGUGCCAACGUCUACAUCAACCUGUUCAGCCUACACCAGAACCCGAAGUACUUCAAAGACCCGCAAUCGUUCAUCCCCGAGAGAUUCCUGACAGAAGAGUUCACCGCGCGCCACCCAUUUUCGUACCUUCCUUUCUCUGGAGGGCCAAAAAAUUGCAUAGGUCAGCGAUUCGCCCUUCUGGAAUCCAAGGUGAUCAUGGCUAAACUGCUGCUCAAGUUCUCGGUCGAGUCGACACGCCCGCUCGACCAGCUGCGAGUGAGCUACGAGAUCAUCGUAAAAGCCCGCGGUGGCCUGCGCGUCUGGUUUCGGAGGCGCCCUCCUGUCAGCGAUAAGUGGCAGGUGUCAACGACGUGAAGACUGGGUCUUUCUUUAAUGCAUUAUACGUAUUUUGUAUAUGAUUAUUAUUAGUGCCGCGUUACUA